GAUGAAACUCCUCCGCCUCUAACACUAGUCACUGUCAGACGGUGGAGCAGAAGCAAACUACGGACAUAUAAACUGUAACUUACAGGACUUGUAUGAAUACCGGUAAGCAGCAGAAGCCAGUGCUGACAGGCCAGAGGUUCAAGACCAGGAAAAGGGAUGAAAAGGAGAAGUUUGAGCCCACAGUUUUCCGAGACACAAUCGUUGCUGGCCUUAAUGAAGCGGGUGGAGACCUGGACGCUGUAGCCAAGUUUCUAGAUGUCACAGGGUCACGACUGGACUACAGACGCUAUGCCGACACUCUAUUUGACAUCCUCAUCGCAGGAAGCAUGCUCGCUCCUGGAGGGACUCGUAUCGAUGAGGGCGACAAGACCAAGGUGACAGCGUACUGUGUGUUCACCACAGAGGAAAGCCAUGCCGCUCUGCGCCUCUACGCUCAGGUUUUCAAUAAACUCAUCAGGAGAUACAAAUAUCUGGAGAAGGCCUUUGAGGAGGAGAUCAAGAAGCUGCUGCUCUUCUUGAAGGCCUUCAGUGAAUCAGAGCAGACUAAACUGGCCAUGCUGACCGGCAUCCUGCUGGCCACCAGCACACUCCCCCCUCCCAUCAUCAAUAGCCUCUUCACCGACAGCGUGGUCAAAGAGGGGAUCUCUGCGUCAUUUGCUGUGAAGAUGUUCAAAGCAUGGAUCGCAGAGAAAGACGCCAACUCGGUGACCUCAUCGCUGAGGAAGGCAAACCUCGAUAAAAGACUACUGGAGCUGUUUCCUCCCACCAAGCAGAAUGUGGAUCAUUUCUCUAAGUACUUCAAUGAAGCCGGGCUGAAGGAGCUGUCUGAAUUCCUGCGUGUCCAGCAGAGUCUGGGAACACGCAAGGAGCUGCAGAAAGAGCUUCAGGAGCGCCUGUCCCAGCAGUGUCCCAUCAGAGAGAUGGUGAUGUAUGUAAAGGAGGAGAUGAAGAGGAAUGAGUUACAGGAGCAGGCAGUGAUCGGCCUGCUGUGGACGUGUCUGAUGAACGCUGUGGAGUGGAACAAGAAGGAGGAGCUGGUCACCGAGCAGGCACUCAAACACCUCAAACACUAUGCUCCUCUGCUGGCAGUGUUCAGCACUCAGGGUCAGUCUGAGCUGGUGCUGCUGCUGAAGAUCCAAGACUACUGCUACGACAACAUCCACUUCAUGAAGUCCUUCUCUAAGAUUGUGGUGCUGUUCUACAAAGCUGACGUCCUGAGUGAGGAGGCCAUCCUGAAAUGGUACAGAGACGCCCACUCCGCCAAAGGGAAGAGUGUCUUUUUAGAACAGAUGAAGAAAUUUGUUGAGUGGCUCCAGAAUGCUGAAGAAGAGUCUGAGUCGGAGGGGGAGGAGGGCUAGAGAGGCAGCCGCAGGACGUGGUCUUCCUGUAGUCUGCGUCCGGUGGCCUGAAUGUCAGCACAGCAGCUGGUUUCCAUGUUGUGUGUAGGGUCCGUGUGGGCUGGGGGGGGGGACAGUCCCACCACAGCCGGACCGGACCAGUAGUCAGUCCCACACAUGUAGAUGGCCUUACUGACAUCCACCCACCUCAGCACAGAGUGCACCGACAACGCUGACUAGGAAUAGUAGAUUUUCACACACUUCACACAAGUGAGUUAUUUAAAACUUGUGUAUGUAACUUGGCAAAGCCCUGAUCUUUUUAUGAAUAAAGUUGUUUUAUAUUUAUGA